AUGGCGGCGCCGGUUCACCGCCGGCCGGGCCGCCACGCUGCGGCCGCGCUCGCCCAGCGGGGAGUGGGGGGGGAAGAGGGGGAACCUCACGGCCCGCCGCGGCGGUGGCUGCACCUGCCAUUGGCUGCCGCCGCGGGAGCGCCAUCCAAUCGCCCUGCCCCGUUCCCACAUGGGCUCGUGACGCCACAUCCCGGGAACGCCAAUGAGAAGCGAGUGGAUCGCAAGGGCCCCCCCAGCGGAGGCGCCGCGGGGCACGCUGGGAGUUGUAGUUCGCUAUUCGCGGCGCCGUGGUCAGCGGCGGCGGCCCGGGACUGUCCCGUCCCACCCGCGGCCCGCCGGGGGCUCGGGAAGGCGGGGGGCCCAUUCCUCUCGCGUGGGCACGGCUCAGAGCCUUCACCGGGCCGGGGCUCCCGCCGCGGGCGGUCCGGGUGGGUGGACUACGCGGCCCACAAGGCCUCGCGGCGGCUACCGGCUGCCACUCAAAGUAACGUGGGGCGGCGGAGGCCGGGGCGGCGCUCAGCGGCCGCGGUUCGCGGGGAGGGGGGGGCGCGGCCCGGACAGGCCGGAGCCGCCGGGCUCAGCGUCCCAGUGCGGGGGAACGGGGAAACCCCGGCGCCGUGGGGAGGGAGGGAGGAAGGAAGGAAGCCCCCAACCGGCCCCAGGGCCGGGGCGCUCGGCUUUGCCGCAGAAGGUUCCCGGUGGCUCCCGGAGAGCGGCAGCGGGUGCCGGGUCGGGCUGUCCCGGCCGCGGGAGCUCCGCGCUCGCCGCCGCUGCGAGCCCACGGCGCGAUUCUCGGGCGCGGCCGUGCCGUUAAGCCGGGGUCGGCAGAGCCAGGGGCGGUCCCGCCCUGUGCGGCAGCCCCCGCCCGGGGUGAGGGAGGGGGGGAGCGGGGAGCGGAGCGCUGGGCUCGGUGCGCCCUCAGCAGAGGGGCCGGCACAAGGAAAGGGCCGCCCCCGGGCUCUGCCGGGGAGCAGCGCGGAGCUGGGAGCCGCUCCCGGCCCCGGAGGCCGCCCCAGCCCCUCGCCAACAUCGUUACCCCCCGGGUGGGGCCGCGGCCGGGAUCCUGACCCCUUUCCCUCCCCGGCCCCGGCCGGGUCACGGGGGCCGCUCCGGGCACAGGCCCCGGCCCAGCGGGGCGGCUCUCCCGGCCUGGCCGAGCACCCCCACCCGGGGCCCUUCCCUAUCCCCUGCGGUCCCUCCUCGUCCCCCCGCAGGCCUCCAGCUGCGGCCUGCCCUGAGGUGACCGCGUGUGGGGGUGGCAAAGGGAGAGCGGGGAACGAUCCGGAAAUACUGCAGGAACCGGCUGCACCUGGGCACCGCACGGGCAGGCACAAGGCCUCUGGAUGCAGCGGCAAAGGGAGCUGGUCCCGCUCCUCCCUCCGGGCGCAAGGACACGAGGUGCAGGCAGAGGAUGCAGCUGAGAUCAGUCAGCAGAACCGGACCGAGCCCGGGCUGCCGCUGCAGGAUGCUCGGCCGGGGACCCAGCCGUUCUCUGUGGCAGCCACACAGUUGUGCCUGGUAGCGGCAGCGCUUGGAAGAGCCCCAAAGGACGAGGGCGUUUGAAAUCCACGCCAGGAUCGAGAGGCGAGUGCUGUAAACAGCCCUUCUGUUUAUAACCAGCAGAGAAAGCAAACAAGCCUGGGCUUCGGGACACUCGGGAGCUCAGUUUGCCGUUUGAACCCAGAUCCAGGCAAAACAGGUUGCUGCUUCUGGAAUUACCCCGACGGUUUUACCUUUCAGCUCCCUCCCCAAAUGCCAGCCUGGGGUAUCGGAACACGCAGCCUCCUGCCCUUGCCAGGCUCUGUGCCGUGGGUCGUCAUUUCUCUCCCCGCGCGCCUCCUUCGCGCAGCUUCCCAUACCCAGCACAUCUCCAGAGCGGACGGUCAAGGGCAGAGACCAUCACGUUUCUCAGAGAUGCCUACAGGUGACCAGGGCUCGCCUCUCUCGGGCAGCUGAAGCCUGCACGUGCAGUCUGUCCUCCAGCCCCCGGUCUGAAACCCUCCCGGGUGCCCCUUCUCCCACCUGCUCUGCUCAGCUCUGCUUUGCUCCAUCCCUUCCAAACGCAGGCGCUGGGGCAGGUCGGUGGCGAGGAGCCGCGUACAACCAUCUCGCGUCCAAAGGGGCUGCUCUCCUAGCGUAAAGCUGCUGUGUGUCCGGUUUUGCAGAUGUAUUUGCUGGCCUGGCAGGAGACCCCUGGGGACAGGAAGGGAGAUGGGGGCACGGCUGGGACCCGCAGCGGCCGAGGAUGCCCCGUUCUUUGCAGACUGUUUCCCUGCACCUCCCUCUUCGGGUCCUCGUGGGUUUAUGGCCCGUUAUGUUGCACAUGGGCAGGCUCAGCCCUGGGUGGGCUUUUUGGCAGCCAGGUGGUGGGGGGGUUUGCACGCAAGGGUUUUUGGGUCAGUAGGGCCAUUAUGGGGCAGGGGGAACAGAACAGGCGUCACCAGAUUUAGAAGAUUCAGAUUUUUCCUUACGGGGACUCAGUCAACUAGUUUGCCUGGACUGUGGAAGCAGGGAGCAAAAAGAGGACUAUGACGUUUCCAAACCAUCCUGUUUCCAAACCAUCCUGUUUUCAGCUUCUCACUUGCAUACUUGAAUGAGGAGCCUUGAACUCAGUGGAACUGAGUUCCUGGCACCCUCAGACAACAUGAAUUGUCCUGGGCACUUAUACCAGCAGCUGGCACAAACAGGGGCCUUAUCCUUGCUGGAGUCUGUCCUGGAAUGACCAUGAGAUGAGAAGGGAAACUGAGGGAAAGGACUGGCAGCAAGUCCUCAAGAGCUGAGCCAAAGCUGUACUAGAAAUCAAGGUUCUCCAGUCAUGCUCCUGGGACCAAACCACAGGUCCCUCCAUCCCCAGGACCCAAGUGCUGUCACCUGCUCUUUAAAGCCACGUGUCCCCAGAGCAUCUUCAAGGCAAACCACGUGCAGGAGCUGAGGUGGGGGGGGUGUCUCUCCUGUCCUGCCUCGGCAGGGCCCCCAGCACGUUGCAGAGCUGAUGCGCUCCUGCCUGCAGCCCCUGCGCCCCCCUGGGGUGCCAGGGACACCCCAUCACCACAGGGCUGUGGACUGAGGGGAGGGACGCCCGCAAGAGAGAUACGGGAGCCCUUAGAGCAACCCCGCAGCUGACAGACUCUCGUCUCUGGCACGGCCUUCGAUCUGUAUGUUGGCUCCUGUUUGCACUUACCGGCUUUGAGUGGUUUUUAAUUAUUGAUGCCUCUUUUAGCUUUUAUCUCGUGCUCGCUGCAGCCAGGAAGGGCUCGGCGUUCCUGCAUUAGUGAUGAAUUGGGAAGGAGGCCCUGCUCCACCGCGCUGCAAAGCAUUCCUGGCUUGCAGGCUGUGCCAUUGUUUCAAGCAAAGCUGCGGUGAAAAAUGAGGAGAGCGGGAGCGGGAGGGGAUGUGGCGGAGGCGAUUCCCGCUGCUGCCACGGAGGCAACAGGGAUCUGUCCUAUGGGAAAAAGCUGAAAGGAAUGGACCAAGAGUCAAACAGGUGUGAAACCUCCUUCACCCAGUGAAAAACUGGCACCUGCUCACCUCUUCGAGGAGGAAAGAUGCUGGUUUAUGACCCCCUCCAGUGACAGGCAGGUGGAAGGGGAAGAGAUGUGAGACGCAAGAGUUUUGCCAAGCCCCUGGCAGCUGCGAUCAGGAAUCGAUGUCAAACCUAGGCUAAAUGCCGUGCUGCUCUGUGGGCAGGGCACGGGGCGCUGACAGACGGGGUCCUGCCCCUACCCUCCGGGCUCAGCUGGCUCUCCAUCCACCGCAGCUGAAAGCUCUUUGGACAGCGGGCCGGUGGCUCUCACUAGGUUGCUCUCUAUCCCUCCCUAAUGAGCCAGGGCUUUGCCAAGCUUUUCCAAGGAUCCAGGUGCCAGGAGAGCUGGUUCUCAGCCCGUCUGCCUACGUCCCUCUCCCACUCCUGUAUCACAGCCUCUCAUGCACAAAGAGAAGGGGUUUCUCUGCCAGGAGCCGGGCUUAAGCCAUCCCUGAUCAGCUGAGCUUCGGAGGCCCCGCAUCACCCGCUUCUCUGCUGCCACGGCAGGAGAGGGGCUCAUGGCUCCAACCACGAAAGAGCUUACAAGGCAGAGCAGCCUGUUUGGAAGGAGAGAAGCUGUUUCCUCAAGUUUGCAGCUGCUGGGAGAGUCUCGAGGGAGGUGUGUUUAACCCUUUUUUUGCUGCUGGUAUGGGUUAGAUUUGCAGAUUUUUUGGUAUGCAGUUAGAUUUGAGCCCAAAUCUGGUAAGGUGCCCAAUGAAAUGACUCUCUUUGGAGAUCCAGAAGCAAAUCCGGCGGUUGCAAAGAGAGUCAGAAUGGAAGCACGGGGAACUGCAGCACUGCUUGUCCGUGGGACAUCGGGGUGCCUCUCGGGGUGCCUCCCACCAUCCAGAGAAACGCUUUGGGUGUGAAGCCAACGCGCUUCGGGAAUGGAUCACCAGGGGAAGCAGGAGCGGAGCACAAGAUUCAGCUCAGCAUCUGCUGGGAAGUUCAGGGGAUUUGGAGAGCCCAAAAGCUCUGUCUUUAUACUUUACAGUGGGUUAGUCUCCCGCAGGGAGCAAGGAGAUAUCCGUAGCCUAGUCAGGAGUGGCUCCCCAGCCCCAGCCUGCUGGCAGCUGAUGAUGCUCAGCCAGCAGCCUCGUGGUUUGUUCGACCCCUUGCCCACCGAACCGAGGCUGCUAAUUAGCUCUAACAACAGGGACGUCUGUUUCUCUGAAAUUGCCAGCCUGAAAACACCCCAGACCAAUUUCUUCCUAAACCCUCCUGCCUUGCACAUCCAUCAGGAAUAACAUCCACUUACGGUGCUCCCUACCCCCAGGCUGAGUUUGAACCGGUGACCUCGAGGUGAAAGCGCUUGAAAAGCUCCAGCCCUCCCCACAGCCAGCACGCUCCCAGCGGGGUUUUCAGCAGCACUUACGGAGCAGAGAUGGUUUUAGCAACUGUCGCAUCGCAGCAGCCCUUGGCCCGAAGCUGUGUUGGCCUUUCACAUCAGAAACCUGCUCGCUCAGCGUCAGCGAGGCCCUUGGAGCAGCCGCAAGACCACGGGGUCAGGCUGCAGCUAUCAGUACCGUUUCAACCGGCUCCUGACCGGGAACCCCUGCACAGUACAGUGGAGGUGAUGGUGGUGGACCUGUCUGCCUGUGCUCUGGCCCCCCCAAGGGCACUGAGGUCAGGCCAGCCCCUGCCACGCAGCAGUAGCUCCGCUCUCACCACGGGAUCUGCGCUCUGGAUCUGUUCCCCGGCAGCCGAGCAGCCAGCGGCGACGGCUGCUUCCCAGAGCACAGGCAACGGCUGCGUCAGGAACAUUGGGCCCCACGCAGGGCUCCUGGUUUGGCAGGGGACAGGGCUGAGACCCCCCCCAGACAGCCUUGCAGAGUCCCAGCCAGCAGCUGGAGUUCCAAGACCACCAGAGCCAUGCUCCUCCACAGACUUCGCCCGUCCCUUGCAAGUCCGUGCCAGGAGCCCUGCCCCAGCCACCCCUCGGUCCAUGCUGGCGAGGCAUCACCUGCAGAUGACGGGAGCGUUGUCAAGCCCUCGUGCUGCCCACAGGCUCUGUAACCCAUCCAAAGCCACGACAUGGCUGUGCCAGGCCUGGCCAGUGCUCCUGGGAUGAUAGGACACCGUCCCCUCUUUGCAGCAGGCUGGUCCACACUGGAAGAAACCCAUCAGAAGCAGUGCCAGGGAAGGGACCGAGCGGAGCCGCGGCCCCGGCGGGCGUCAUGCAGCAUCGUGCACCUUUCCUCAAGCCUCUCCCACCCUGGACCCACUGCAGUGGACACGGUCCCAGCCUGAAGUGCCACCACUCCAGAGCCAGAAGUGGUCCCAGACCUGAACCAGUUCAGCAAAUCCCAUCAAAUCCCACCCUCGGGCGUUUGGCCUGAUCUUCGCCCAGCACCAGCAGGACAGAGGCACAGUGGCUGCUGUUCACCAGGACCCCCAUCUGCACCACCACAGUCCUCCGACCUUGGUGGGCAGCUGGGGACACUGACACACACACACACACACACCCUCCAUGGCUUCCUUCCCAGGGGAAGGAAAUUUUCCCACUCCAGCUGGCUUGGGAGAUACAGAGGGGAAGAUGUUAUCAAGGCAGAGCAAGCUCUGAAGCCAGAGGACAGCUCUAAUUAUUGAGAGCCAAUUCCGUUACAGCAAUCUCAGCCCCAGGGCAACACAGGCCAGAUUUUCCAGAGGGGCCGAGUGCCACAGAAGCAGCUUAUCCUCUGCACCCACAGGAAAAAUGAAUUAUGCACGCACAGAGCAGACCUGCGGCAGCCCACGGGGCCCAUUCCCAUGCAUUACCAAACCACACCGCUCCUGCUCCAGCGGAGAGCCGACAGCCCUUGGUGGCACUUUGCUCCAGAGCAGAUGAAAAGCAAGGGCUUUUCAUCCAGAGAGCUCCCAGGUCCCUUUCACCGCUGCCCACUUUCACCUUGCUCUCCAGUUUGUUUUGGCUUUGCACAGGCAUCCUCCUCGCCCUGGCUCCAGCAGACUCAAGCCAAAGCUCUGGCACAGGCAUGCAGCUCCACAAGGAUGCCUGGGCGAGGGACGGUGCCCUAGAGUGGGAUGCGGGCAAUGAAGAUGGUCCUUGUUCAGCCAGCAGCUGUAGAGACAAGAGCAGGAGAGAAGCCAGAACUAGAGGUGUCAACAUUAACCCCCUCCUCCUGGCUCAUGGAGAAACUCCAGAGCCAGCCCCCUGCCCCAGGAAGGGCAGCGACGGCACCAGGUAAGGCAGGGACUGGUCUGGGACAGGCUCAGCUGGAGGAGGGAGGGCAGCUCCC